AUGAGUUCGAAAUUCAUAAUCGAUAGCAUGCUCCCGAAGUACCACCAGCAUCCGUCGCCGUACCAGCAGUUGUUCUCGACCGCGAACCCCAGUUCAGUCCAGGCUGCCUCGGCAGCAGCGGCCAGCCAACUCGAGUCGAGCCUCAGCAACGCGGUUGCCGCGGCGGCAGCCAGCUACGCCCAGCACCACAGCACGCCCAGCCCGACGGGCUCGAGUCCACAGCACUCGGGCAGCUCGGCCUCGACCUCGCCCGCGGCCCGCCCCACAUCCAGCAUGUAUCCCUACGUCUCGGCCGCGGCGGCCCACCACCACCACCAACAGCAGCAGGCCGUGGCCGCCGCCGCCUUCGGCGCGACGUCGAGCAUGGUGCCGACCUUCGGUAGCUCGGCGGCGUCGAGUGCAGCCCUGGCCGCAGCCGCCGCCGUGGACGCAGCCACGGGUGACAAGUCGUGCAGAUACACCGCUAGUUUGACGGGCAACGUGGCGCCCAGCAGCGCCGAUCCCAUGGUCAACUACACCCUCGGGCACCACCACCAGAACGGCACGACGCCCGGGAGCCUCGUGUCGUCCGCGUCGGCGUCCUCGGUGUCAGCGGCCUCGAUGACGUCCAUGGCAGCGGCGGCGCAGUUCUACCAUCAGGCGGCCGCGGCGAGCGUCGUCGAUCCACUUGGCUCGUGUCAGCAGCCGACCUCCGGACAGCCUGGUAUACCCGACCUGCCGCGCUACCCCUGGAUGUCCAUCACCGACUGGAUGAAUCCUUUCGACAGAGUUGUAUGUGGUCCGAACGGAUGUCCCAGGCGCCGGGGGCGGCAAACGUACACGCGCUUCCAGACGCUCGAGCUCGAGAAGGAGUUCCACUUCAACCACUACCUAACGCGACGACGGCGGAUCGAGAUCGCACACGCGCUCUGCCUGACGGAGCGCCAGAUCAAGAUAUGGUUCCAGAAUCGGCGGAUGAAGCUCAAAAAGGAGUUACGCGCCGUCAAGGAGAUAAACGAGCAGGCGCGCCGCGAACGCGAGGAGCAGGACCUCAUGAAGAAACAGCAGGCCGAGAAGCAAGCCAAGAUCCAGCAGGAACAACAGAACGCCCUUCAGCAGCAGCAACAGCAGCAACACGUCCAGCAACAGCACCAGCAGCACCACGUGGGCGUUGCAGGGCUGGACAAGGCACAGAGCGACCUUCUCAAGGCGGUGAGCAAGGUGCCGACAUAG